CCUCAGUAGCCCACAACAAUAUGGCCCUGUGGAUUAUCAACAAUGUCAAUUCUCCAUAAAUUUUAUUUUUGUAUUUUUAUACGAGAUUAACCAAGUAAUUCAACGAAAAAAAUUACGAGACUUAGAAAACGUCCAUUUUUUAACGCAGACAUUAACGAACAAAGGUCUAAUUUGAUAAUGCAGUCCGAUAUAAUAUCGAAGCUCAUCCCCCAGAACAAGGAGCAAGUGAGGCCGGCAUGUAAAAAGUGUGGUUAUGCCGGACACUUGACAUAUCAAUGCAGAAACUUCAUAAAAGUUGAUCCCAACAAGGAAAUUGUUUUGGACGUCAGCAGCACAAGCUCAGACAGUGAUCAAAAUUAUGUGACACCACUCACUGAACUGCGAGAAAAGGAACUGAAGAAAAAAUUGAAAGAAGCUAAGAAGGAAAAAAAAGGAAAACGAAGCAAGAAAAAGUCUAAGCACAAGAGCAGAAAACGUGAGUACACAACGAGUGAGUCUGAUGAUUCUGAGGACGAGUCCUCGUCUUCGGAGGACCAGGAGAGAAGUAGGAGAAAGAAGCAGAAAGACAAACGGAAAAAAUCUAAGAACAAAAAACGAAGAAAGCACAACAGACAGACGACCUCGGAUUCAUCUUCUGAAGAUGAUUAAUCAAUUUAAUUCGAUGAUUUAACCCCGGGUGUGAAUUAAUUGUGCCUCAAUUGUUACUCAAAUUGACUGAAUAUUGUUAAAACAACAAUGAACAAGUGUAGGAAGGAAUUGUUUCACAUUUGCAAUGGAUAAAAUAAAACUUCAUGAAAUAAAAAUUAUUUUAAAUAUUUCAAGCCAA